UAUUGCCCUAAACUCUAAACAAUUACCGUCUUUGCAACAUCUCCAACUCGACUGCCCAUCCUCGGAAACAACAAAAUUGUCCAACGGCCUUGGGAAAUACGAGAGCAGAGAAAGGUACAAGCCAUGUCUCGCAGCACAUUCCAACGAUCGUCUGCAGAGAGCGGGGGCCACGCCACCGCAGUGGAAUAUGCCCGACUUGCAUUCCGAUGCCGCCUAAUGGAAGCCGUAGAAGCGCGUAUAAAGGCCUAGUUAAUCUUAAAGUGCAAGACAUUUUGCGUUCCGACCCUUGGGAGAUUGUCCCAAACGGCGGGAUGUUUUCGGCCCAAGUGCUGUGCCUCCAACGGCCAUGAUCACUUCGCUACCCGGUGCGAGAAUAACCUUCACCAAAAAGGAUGACGAUGCCCAGGCUUAAUUCGGCAUCGUGGCGAAGAAACGAUCGGCACAGCUCUAUUUCGGCUCCAAGAACCCUGAAGCUUAGCAGACCUCGUAUUCAUCUCGCCGCCAGCUACACUAGGCGCUCUGCGAUGCGACGCUGCAUCUUCCACCUGACCUCCAUGUCUCUUCACUACACCGUUCAAGCACCCUUACACCCUUACUUCUCUGGGACCUUCUGCUGCCUUCGCCUUGUCGAUCAUGGCCUCUUCCGUCGCUUGACCGGUAGCCCUGUCGGAAUGUUGUCUCGUAUUUUGUACCUUUAGCGUUGAACCCUUGUCUGAGAGGCACGUCUGAAAGCCUAUUGUGCAGCCUCAAUGGCCUUGUUCCUCGCUGCAUCAGGACUAGUUGUGUCCCAGGUCUCAGUCCACGAGGGCCAAAGGGCUGUCGAUGCUGCCUCGGACUGGUAUGACGUUGGCCUUUGUUGAACCCUUCUGUCCGUCUUCGUACACGAGCUUCAUCCUGGAUCCCCAAGUCUCUGCAUUAUAUAAAGCCCAUCUCCCCGGCGCUCUUCGAUGCACUUUUUUUUUAUCAUCAUCAGCAUCUUCAACUCUUACAGACUCUUCUACAAUACUCUACUCUACUCUACUUCUAUUUCAAUUUCUUUGAAAACCACCUCUCCAACAAACUUCAAAAUGUUCUCCAACGUCGCUAUCCUUGCUACCGCCGCCGCCCUUGUCGGCUCCGUCUCCGCUGUCGGCAGCGCCCGCGUCCAAAACAACUGUGGCUACGAAGUUACUCUCUGGUCUGUCGGCUCGGAAAUCUCCAACGCCUUCACCAUCCCCGCCGGCGGUAAUGCUUACGCCGAACCCUUCACCCGCGACGCCAAGACUGGCGGCCGCACGAUCAAGGUCACUCGCGAGCGCGAUGGCCUCUUCACCCAAAAGCCCCAGACCAACUUUGCAUACUCUCUCGACGGUGCUGCGGUCUGGUACGAUCUGAGCGAUGUCUUUGGCGACCCCUUCAAGGGCUGCAAGAUCACCGUCACAAGCGCAGACAAGAACUGCCCAUCCAUCACAUGGCAGGACGGCAUCCCUCCAGCAGGAUCGCAAGUCAAGACUUGCGGUUCAAACAACGACGUCACUCUCACCCUCUGCGCCGCAUAAACGCCUCUCUCUCAUCAAAACACCCUUUUCACGACCACUCAUCUACACCUCUCGCAUCUUCCUGUACAUUUGGCUAAAUAGCCGACAAGGGGAAACAAAACCCCGGUGUUACUUUUUACGAUUCAACCACAUAGAUUGCUUUACUCGGUCGUCUUUAGAAUAUCAUUUCAUGCUUAGCGCGUUUUGAUUUGAAUUAAUGCAUACAAUUUGCCCUCAUAAA